AUGUCCUCAGAAGACGCCCGCAGGGCUCGGACGGUGCAGCUCAAGUAUCUGGCCACGCUGAGCCAGAUUGGGAAACCGCUGCAGGAACCGAUCAUCGGGAGACACUUCGCCCUUCCGGUGCGUCCUCGGCCGGCCGAGCAUCCCGUUUUCGAUCUCUCGUUACUGUAUAUUCCAAUCUACUGCCAUCUGGUGUUGCACCCGCCCGGAGAGAUAGUGCGUCCCCCAACGCCGGAGCUGAUCACGAAAGCUCGUAUGGAAAAGGCGGUGGAAAAUUGGAUGGAUUGA